GCAGCCAGCAGCCACCAUGAACCUUUUCUGCUUCUCGCUGGAGGGGUCCAUGGACAGCCUGUACGAGGCGGUGCAGAGCUCCGGGGACGGUCCACCGCCACCCAUCCCCAGCCGCUCCUCCAGCCGCUCCGCGAGCCGCUCCUGCAGUCCGGCGGUGAUGCUGGACGACCAAACCAACUGGCCCGGCUCCGGGAGAUCUAUUUCAAUGGAGAUGCCACAGAUGCAGGGCACCAACUCCAAUAAGAAGAAAAGAAGAACACACAUAUCCAAAUCUGCAUCGGAAACACUGGAUAACCUCGGCUGUAAUACGGCGGUUUGGCAGCCCGCCAAGAGCCGGGAAGAUUUAGUCCACAACAAUCACAGCGAAGAGACGAGGAAGACAAAACACAGAACAGAAACCAAAGAAGUGAAAGGAGCCCAUCAUUCUGGCACAAAGAAAAAGGAGAAACCGAACUCCAGCCAGUGUUUCCAAGGCAAUAGCUCGGUGUCAGAGUCCAAACCUGCUGUGAAAAAACCCCAAAAGACCGGAAAGAAGACCGGCGGAAAGAGCGGUAAAGAAGGCUCGAAGAAAAGUCACAGCUCAACAGUGUCGCCUCCCCCGGGCGCCACGAGCCCGCCCACGGGACCCCCCUGCGCGGACGCGGCGCGCGCGCCCGACAGGAGGCCCUACCCGGGCAAGUCCUCCACCCUCCCCGCCCAAGAGAACGCCGGGGCGGGGCGGCGCGCGGACGCCGUCGCCCUCCCCGGCGGGGCGACGCCCACCCACGCCCACCGCCAGCGGUGGAGCAACCCGGGGGACGGCAGCCCCGCCUGGGGGGGCGCCCGGCACACCUGCCGCAGGCCGCUGACGGAGUACCGCGUCUACUCCCAGGACUUCCCCGAGCCCCCCGAGGGGGAGUGGGAAGGAAGACGCCGGCAGGCGGCGGACGGGAGCGACGCCUCGCCGCGGGGCUGUAGACCCCCUCGGAUUCCCCCGAAGGUGUCGCGGUCCGUCACGGACGCCGACCUGUCGGAACCGAACGUGAUCAUUCCUGGAAGUGACUGUUCUUCUUCUUUUUUUCUUUUUUUUUUUUCAAAACGCAAACUCAGGCCCGUGUAUUUCUCCCUUUCUAAGCAACGCUGCCUCCGAGAGGCUCGGCGUCGAUUGCCUCACAUCCUGUGCGCUGUGAGGAAGUGGUCCGUCCAGGCCGUCGCACGGGCAGCCGCGAACUCAGUCGAGCACAGAGCGCCGCAGACAGCAGACGAGAGAUCCCACAGUAACCUGAAAGGAAGAAAAAAAGAAAACAGGGGUCGGGGGGGGGGGGGGAACGCGAUGUUACACAGGGCGGCCUCCAACGUGUCCGACAAAGCAAAGGGCAGCAAGCCGAAGCGCUCCACCAGCUUCGGCAGGUUCGAGGGACUCAGAAACCACCCGACACAAGCGAGACCCGAGGAAAAUGGAACAGCCGCGCCGACAGAUGAAAACGAGACUUUGGACCUGAACAAAUCGUCCGGACUCGGGAAGAAGAUGAAGGCGAUUUCACUGACCAUGCGCAGAAAAAUGGGCAAAAAACACGCCAAGUCUUUUUCUGAGGAGACUGGUGACGACACGGACAAAGACCCAGAGGCGGAGACGGAGAGCGGCGCUGCUGCUGCUGCUGCUGAGAAAACCCCCGCGAAGACCAGCAACUCCUCGGAAAGCCUCUGCAGUGGCCAGAGCUCCUCUAGUGGUGUCACCAGCGAGUCCGCCGGCUCCGGCCAGAGAGACAGUCUGAGGCUGGAGGAGGACGGCUCCUAUCAGGGACAGUUCUGCUGCAGGGCUCGGGUCCACACGGACUUCGUUCCCAGCCCGUACGACACGGACUCCCUCAAGCUCAAGGUCGGCGACGUCAUCAGCGUCAUCAGCAAGCCGCCGAUGGGCAUCUGGACGGGCAUGCUGAACAACAAAGUGGGCAACUUCAAGUUCAUCUAUGUCGACGUCGUGGCGGAUAAAGAGGAGGAAGAGGAAGCUCCCAAGAUCAGGCAACAGAAGCUGUGCAAAAAACCUCGGCCUAAAACCCUGCUGGAGUUACUGGAGCGCCUGAAUCUGGAGGAGUACGCCUCUGCCUUGCUGCUGAACGGCUACCAGACGGUGGAGGACCUGCUGCACCUGCAGGAGAAGCACCUGAUCGAGCUGAACGUCAAAGACCCCGAGCACAGGCGCAAGCUCCUCGCCGCCGCCGAGUGCCGCUACACAGGUGACGACGUCAGGGACGCCGAGGAGCUCCGAUCCGCCCACGGCCUUCGGGAAGAAGACAGCGACUGUCCCAGAGACUCGGGCUGCUUCAUUCCAUCUGAAUGUCCGGACAGCAAAGAGGACGCGGAGCAGCUGGCGGACGCCGUGGACUCUUAGAGCGAAGGACGCUCUGACCGACGGCGUGCAGUGUGGAGGGUUUUCUCCUCACUGGUGGUUUUAACGAUUAUCCCCUCCAAACAGCUAUGGAUUUAUUACGCUUUUUAAGUUUGAAUAAUAUGGAUUCAUGUCGUUAUUCAAAAUCUUUUUACCUCAAAAUAACUUGCAAAAGCCCCCAAAACACAAGUGAAUAUGCAACUCAAUGAACUUUUACUUGCAGAAGAAACCAUUGAAUUACUCCAUGCAACCUGACAAAUAAUUGUUACUGGUAACAAUUCAGAUUCACAAUCAAGACAAAAGGCUGAUUAACUACCAAGCGUAGUAUUAGAAUGAAAAUAUUCAUAUUAAGCACAUAGUUGUACUUCAGUAAGGAGGUUUGAGUAUUGCUACUUCCAACAUCCCCAGUAAGAGAAAGGGUGGAAAGUAAAGCAAGCCGCGGUUUGCACGCAUCGCUGAACAUUAACGUUUGAAUCAAUACGGCUAAAAUACUGCUUGUGUCAAAGUGAAGAAGGGCCUGGUUAUAGCGUUAUUGGUGUAUCAAUGUAGCGUUACUUAGCCAUGGUCUGUGUUACGUUAGCUAUCCGCUAACCACACACACACACGCGCUUACUUCACUCAGUAGUUAAUGAUACUGAUCAGGGUGUACUUUUACAUCAUUUUUUGCUGUUGAACUGUUUACUAUUUUAAUCAUUUUAUUGAUUAAACGUUGUAUUUAUUGCAUUGUAAGUCAUAUGCUUUUGUUCUCUAUAUAAAGCCUUUAUUUAUAACAUCCGCAUCAUCAGAUCCAUUAUCAAUUAUUCAACACGCAGUACAGACUUAUUUUCUUUACUUUGAAUUGUUAUUGAUGAAGGGAUGAUUUUCAAAUGUAGUGUCCGGGUCCAAAAGCAUAUUCAAAUCCUGCCUAUAAAAUGUAUACUGUAAUCACAUGUUAUUUUCUAAACGCGAGUGUUUGAGUGAACGAGAGAAACAAUGUACGGACGCAUGUAAAAGUUAAAUUGUUUUCACAACUUUUGUAAAUAAAAUCAAAGAAAUACAAUUAAAACCCUGAUUAUUGAAAGUCAUUAUUCAUUUAA